AUGUCCCGCGCGCAGCAGCAGCAGCCGCCGCCGCCACCUCGGCCGGAGGAGCGCAGCUCUCCGGACGAGCUGGAGGACGAGAAGGAGGAAGAAGUGGUGCAGAUCCGGCUGGGCGACCGGAGCUUCCCGGUGUGCAAGCGGAAGCUGCUGGAGCAGAGCGCCUACUUCCGGGCUCUGUACCGCUCCGGGAUGCGGGAGGCGGCCGAGCCGGAGGUGCAGCAGCUGCGCGGCGGGCUGAGCGCGGCGGGCUUGGAGCUGGUGCUCGACUUCAUCAACACGUCGUGCCUGCGCCGGCUGGAGCGCCAGGAGGGCGGCGAGCCCCCCCUGCUGGACGAGCUGGUCGAGGCGGCCUCCUACCUGCAGGUCACGCCGCUGCUGCGCCGCCUGCGCUCCCAGGUGCGCCUGGACAACUGCCUUGAGCUCCGCCAGCUGGCCCAGAUCUACGGCCUGCAGGAGCUGGAGGAGGCCUGCCUCCACUUCAUGGGCGGCCACUUCCACCAGGUGCUCCGCAGGCCCGAGGCUCGCCCCCACCUGCUCCUGCCAAGCGCCCUGAGGCUCCAGCUGAAGGAGAGGCGCAUGAAGGGCGCUGCAGCCCUGGUGGCUUUGGGCAACUUCAUCGGUGCCCCUUCUGCCCCAGGCAGGCCGCCCCUGGAGGACUUGCCCUGCGCCAUGCUCAGGUACGACGAAGGGGCUCGGCGCUGGCUGGUGCUGCCCAGCGACCUGCCUGCAGACCUGGCGAAUGUCCGAGGAUACGGCUCCGCCGUGCUGGACAACUACUUGUUCAUUGUCGGGGGCUACCGCAUCACCAGCCAGGAGAUCUCCGCCGCCCACUGUUACAACCCGUGUCUGAACGAGUGGAGUCAGAUGGCGUCAAUGAACCAGAAGAGGUCGAACUUUAAGCUUUUGGCCGUCGGAGGAAAGCUGUAUGCCAUCGGUGGGCAGUCCCUCUCUAAUGUGGAGUGUUACAACCCCGAGCAUGACUGGUGGAACUUUGUGGCAUCUUUGCCCAGCCCCCUUGCUGAAUUCUCGGCAUGUGAGUGCAAAGGCAAGAUUUACGUCAUGGGAGGCUACACUACAAGAGAUCGAAACUUGAACAUCUUGCAGUACUGUCCUACCUUAGACAGCUGGACGAACUUUGAGUUGUGUGACAUCCACAUCCGCAAGCAGCAAAUGCUGUCCGUUGAGGAAACAAUCUACAUAGUUGGAGGCUGUAUCCACGAACUGGGAUCCAACCAAAAACCUGGCCAGAAUGAGGACAUGUUGACAGUGCAGUCCUAUAAUACAGCCACCAGGGAAUGGCUCUACCUCAAAGAGAACACAUCAAAAUCUGGUCUUAAUUUGACUUGUACUCUGCAUAACGACGGGAUCUAUAUCCUGAGCAGAGAUCUCACUCUCUCUACCAGCUUGGAGCACCGAGUCUUCUUGAAGUACAAUAUAUUUUCAGACAGCUGGGAAUCACUUAGGCACUUCCCAACCUUUGGACAAAAUAUAUUGGUCUGUUCUAUGUACUUGCCAAAUAUUAUUUGAAUGUAAACAACAGUAAUUU